AAACAAAACAUGCAAAACAGCAUAGAAUUAAGCUGAAAUACAGGCUGAAAAUGUGCUGCAGCGACACCCAUUAGAGAAAUUCGGCCGGCGGCUUAUCUAGGAAAGUGCUCAAUAUGUUGAUUCUUCUGCGUCCUACACACUGGCUAGUACUCAUCGCCCUUUGCAUUCUGACCUGUGCUGGCUAUUGGUUGCUCUGGUCUGAAAUACGCCUGGAAAAUGCCUUCAAGCCGUUGACCAAGGUGACGGAGGGUGGCAGUGCGCUGGAACAAUCAUUGUCUGCUCCUGUGGCGACCGCCGCUGUGGACAGCUUCGACUACGAGGAACAGCUGGUGGUGCUCUAUAACCGUGUGCCAAAGACGGGCUCGACCAGCUUCGUCAACAUAGCUUACGAUCUGUGCAAGCUCAACAAAUACCAUGUUUUGCACAUUAACGUAACUGCCAAUAUGCACGUUCUGUCGCUUCCAAACCAAAUCGCCUUUGUGCGAAAUGUCUCCAAGUGGCAUGAGAUGAAGCCGGCGCUCUACCACGGCCACAUGGCGUUUUUGGAUUUCUCCAAAUUCCAAAUAGCCCACAAACCCAUCUAUAUAAACCUAGUGCGCAAGCCCCUUGACAGACUUGUCUCCUACUACUACUUCCUACGUUUUGGCGACAACUAUCGACCGAAUUUAGUGCGGAAGAAGGCGGGCAAUAAAAUUACGUUCGACGAGUGCGUAGUGCAGAAGCAACCCGACUGUGAUCCCAAGAACAUGUGGCUGCAGAUUCCCUUCUUUUGUGGCCACGCUGCCGAGUGCUGGGAACCCGGCAGCGAUUGGGCCCUCGACCAGGCCAAGCGCAAUCUGGUCAACGAAUACUUUCUAGUCGGAGUCACAGAGCAAAUGUAUGAAUUUGUAGAUCUGCUGGAGAGAUCGCUACCCAGAAUCUUCCAUGGCUUUCGUGAGCAUUAUCAAACCUCUAAUAAAUCUCAUUUACGCGUGACGUCCUCAAAGCUUCCGCCCAGCGAAUCCACGAUCAAAAGCAUACAGAAGACCAAGAUCUGGCAAAUGGAGAACGACCUCUACGAGUUCGCGCUGGCUCAGUUCGAGUUCAACAAGAAGAAACUGAUGCAGCCGGACAACAAGCAUCUGCAGAAGUUCAUGUACGAGAAGAUUCGACCAAAAUGAUUGCGUAGGCGCAGCAGGAGUCGCAGGCGAAUCAAGCCGACUUCCGUUGUGUAGAGUUGCGUUGUGUCCACUCCCCUCCACUCUCCGAUGCUUUUGCUGUAAAUAUCCAAAUUAGAUUUGAUCUGUACUUAAUAGCAAGUGAAACGACUUUGUGAAAGACACUAAAGACUUAAGCAUUGAAUAUCGUUGGCAUAUAAAUCGAACAUUUUGUAUGUAUGUAGUCUAAGCCUCAAAACCCCGCUGUGUAACACUCGAGAGCAGAGCGCUUUUCUAGUUGAUCGUAAGCAAUAUCUAGCAACAAUUGAAUGCACAAUAUCCUUUGUUUAGUAAAAUGUACUCUUUUAUACUCGACAAUACAAAGAUAAUUCGUAGUUGGAACCAUUGAUCUACAGUGUAUCGAUUUUCCGUAGUUUUCCAUAAGUGUAACGAUAUUUAUUGAUAUUGGACUUGGCCGUAACGUAAGCAACUCUCUCAUUAAUUGUAACUCUCUCUGUAAUCUAACUUAAGCUAAAGAUUAUUUGAGGGUCUCUCUCUCUCUCAUCGAAUUUGACUUUCAAAUUAAAUGCAUGUAAAUAAUUG